AUGGCAUACAAAAGCGCCGCCUUGUUGCUGGUGUUCAUGCUGCACUUUCUGGUGCAAGUGGGUGACAGCAAGUCGAUUUACAAAGUUAAGAAAGGAAGUUUAGAUCUGAAGCAAGUACGAGACGAGGCUGCUGCACUGAAAUACACGGCACAGAAAAGGUCAUGCAUCCUUUUCAUCGUCCUCUUCUUCGUCGUUUUCAUCAUCAUCAUCAUCGUCGUCAUCAUCAUCAUCAUCCUUCUCUUCAUCAUCAUCAUCGUCAUCAUCAUCUUCAGGAGGAGCUGCCGCAGGUAUGUAUGUUUAAAUCAUGUUGUAACGUUUCUUAUAAACGUGCAAACGUCUACUCUAGCAGGGGCAGAGGGAGGUGGUGAAGGUGGGGCCGAGGUGGAAGGAGCCGCGGCCGAAGCCGAAGGGGAAGCCGCGGCCGAAGGCGAGGCCGAAGCCGAAGCGGGGGAAGCCGAAGGGGAAGCCGGGGAAGCCGAAGCCGAGGCCGAAGCAGCCGAAGGGGAAGCUGAAGCCGAAGCCGGAGGAGCCGAGGCCGAGGGGAAUUACGAACUUGUUGGUUGCUACAAAGACAUGUUCAUCAUCAGAAGCCUGCCGUACGGACAGCUGAUAGAUGACGAACUCAUGACCAACGGCUUCUGUGCCGACCACUGCAGAGAACUUGGACAUGAAUAUUCAGGUACCCAGUACUACUCGGAGUGCUACUGUGGCGGGGCGGACGAGUUUGCCGUGAUGACCAAAGUGGACGACGCGGAGUGCUCCACGCCGUGUCUGGGUGAUGAGGAUCAGAUGUGCGGAGGAGAACUGAGGUUAAGUGUGUCCGCUGUGAAAGGUGCGGCAGUUGCAGGAGGAGCUAUCUGGAUCGUGGGCCAAGCCGAGUGGGCCGUUGAAUUUUCCGGAGAGGCUUCCGCAGGGUUUGAGGUGGCUAACAUACUGGAUGGGAGUUUAGACACCUACUGGAGCGCUGAAGGACUCGACAGGUAUUUUAACGCCUGGUUCGUCAUCUUCGACUUUGGCACCGUGUACACCAUGGACAAGAUCCGCAUCGUCAACUUCGGCGACACCGAACACGACAUCAAGGCGUUCACCCUGAUGGUUUCGACCAGUGCUGAGUACGAGUGGAUUGCCGUGUUAAGUGUGGACGGUGUGGAGGGAGGAACCAAGAAAGAACAGGAAUUCUCCGGGUUCAUCGGAUCUGGUCAGUACUGGCGUCUGACGAUCAGCGCGACGUACGGCGGCUUUCAGCCUUAUCUGGUAGCUUUUGACUUCUUUGGCAUUGAAGGGGGUCUCCCAGACGGUGUUGACAUCAACUCGUUUAGUAUGGAGUCAGAAGUGGGAUUCAACAUUGGAGGCGUGAUUGACAUCGUCAACGAAGUCUCCUCUGCUACCUGGCUGGUGGGGCAGACCUCCUGGGCCGUGGAGUUUUCCGGCGAGGCGGAGGAGAGAGACGGGGUGGUGUUUGACGCCGGGGCGACCCUGGACGGAGACCCCGACACGUACUGGUCAGCAGUCGGGCUGGACCAGUUCUACAACGACUGGUUCAUCGUGUUCGACAUGGGGGCCGUGUACACCGUCAGCGAGUUCCGCAUCACCAACUUCGGGGAUACCGACCAUGAUGUGAAGGCUUUCUCCCUGUUGGUAUCGUUUGCCCCCGCACCUUACACCUGGACCACGGUCCUGUCCGUGGACGGGGUGACGGGAGGUUCCCGGGAGCCGCAGGAGUUCAAGGGCUUCCUCGGCAUCGGCCAGUACUGGAAGAUACGCGUCACCGCCACGUACAGCGGCUAUCAGCCAUACAUAGUCGCACUGGACUUCCUUGGUGUGCAGGGCGGAGCAACUGAGGAAGAAGACGUGGAGAAACUGACGGGAGUCGACAUUAGCAGUCUUCUUGAAGUUGGAGAGGAAGUGGCUGAGUUUACGUGGAUGGUUGGGAGUUCAGAGUGGGUUAUGGACUCUUCUGGCGAGGCAUAUGAAGAAGACGGUGUGACGUAUGACGCCAGCAUGGUGUUCGAUGGAAGUGUGAACACUUACUGGCGGUGUACAGGAACUGAGAAGAACUUCAACGCCUGGUACAUCGUGAUCAAGUUUGAGCAGUCCUACACGUUGGACAAACUCCGUGUCAUCAGUUUCGGGGAUACCAAACACGACAUCACUUCAUUCGAGCUGCAGGUGUCUACAACGGGCACUACGGAUGACUGGUUCUCCGUCGCCACUGUGUCUGGCCUACCAACCGGCAGCAACGAAGCCAGAGAGUUCGGAGGCUUCCUCGCCACCGGGCAGAUCUGGCGUUUCCUCAUCACGUCAACAUCAGAGGGCGAGGAACCCUGGGUGGCAGGGCUGGAGCUUGAGGGAAAACCAGGAGAACUUUCUGAAGAUAUCGACAUGGACGAGUUAGAGGUAACAGAGACGGAAGAAGGAGAGGAGGCAGAAGAAACCGAAGAGGAAGAACUUAACGUUGGUCUUGGCGUGGAUAUAGGAAUCGUGAUAGAGCUGGUUAAGAUAGUGCGUAAGUCCGUGUGGCUGGUGAAGAGCGUGGACUGGGCGGCGGACUCCUCGGGCACAGCUGCUGCGGGCCACGAGGCGACGGUCGUGCUGGACAACAACCCCGAGACGUACUGGGAAGUAACCGACCUGGAGAGGUUUUCCAACGACUGGUUCAUCGUGUUUGACUUUGGAACGGAGUACACAAUGAACAGCUUCGCCAUCACCAACUUUGGAGACACCGAUCAUGACAUCAAGGCCUUCACACUAGCGGUCAACCCAACUAACGACGGGAAGACGUGGGUCGUGGUCCUGUCGGUGGAGGAAGUACAGGGAGGAACAGACGCACCCCAGGUGUUCGGCGGUUUCCUAGCAACCAGUCAGCAAUGGCGGGUCAUGAUAACAGAGACCUACGGAGGCUACAGCCCUUAUCUUGUCGAUGUGUCCUUCAACGGAGUGGACGAACCCCUACCGGAUGGGCUGGACGCCACUAAUCUAAACACAGCACUUGUUGGAGGAUUCACUGUCAGCCAAAUCGUGCAGUCAAUCACUUCAGUCUCGCAAAUGACCUGGCUGACGACGAGUACGACGUGGACCUCCGAGUCCUCGGGUACGGCCGCCGUCGGGUUCGACGCCGCCGCCGUUCUGGACGGGAACCCAGACACCUACUGGAACCCGGAGGGUCUGCCGGAGAACUACAAUGAGUGGUCCAUCGUGUUCGACAUGAGCACGGACUACACCAUGAACAGGAUUGCCGUCACCAACUUCGGAGACACGCAGCACGACAUCAAGGCCUUCACGCUAGCGUUUUCCGCCACAGGUGAAGAUGACACGUGGAAGAUAGUGCUGGGCGUCGACGGUCUGAAGGCGGGCACGAAAGAGCCCCAGGAGUUCGGCGGCUUCCUGGGAACGGGACAGUUCUGGCGUUUCAUGAUCACGGCCACGUACGGAGGGUCCCAGCCUUAUCUGGUGGACCUCACCUUCCAAGGCGUAGAAGGACAAGUGGAAGGGGGUGUCGACAUCUCCCAGCUGGAGGAUCUCAAGCUGGGUUUCGACAUUAACGAAGUCGCACAGCUGGCAGCUGAAGUCACGGAGGUGACGGAAACCACCAUACUCACGGCAGAAGUGGCCGGCGCCUCGGGUACUCCUUACGAAGAGGACGGCAAGGUCUUCGCGCCGGAUAACCUGUUAGACGACGAUCCCGACACGGCAUGGCAGCCCGAAGGCUUCGAGGACAACUACAACGAGUGGUUCGUGGUCUUCGAUCUCGGUGAGGUUCAGACCCUGGAUCACAUCACCUUCACCAACGUCGGGGACAAGAAACAUGACGUGACGACCUUUGUCCUCCAGAGCUCAGAGACCGGAGAGGACGACACCUGGGAGGAGGUAACAAUAGUCAACACUGUAGAGAAAGGAACAAGCGAACCCCAGACGUUUGGAGGUUUUAUCGGGUCCGGUCGCUUCUGGCGUAUUGUCGUCACGCAGACGGUAACGGGAACAGCUCCACGUGUGACCAGCAUCAAGUUCGAAGGCACAGAGGGGGAUCUGACGGAGACGGAGGAAGAAGGCGAGUCAGAGGAGGAACCAGAAGCCCCGGAUGUCAGCACUUUGGUGGAAGUCGUGGAGGAAGUAUCACAGGCUGAGUGGAUUGAGGUGACAGAAGAAAGCGUGACCGAUGUCUCAGGCUCGGUCGUACCUGGAUUCGAGCCAGGGAAAGCUCUCGAUGGAGACAAGACUACGUACUGGAUGCCUGGUGGCACGGAAAAGAACUUCAACGCAUGGUACAUGACGUUUGACCUCCAGACCAGCUACCUGAUGAGGGAGCUAACGCUCACCAACACCGGGGACACGGAGCACGACAUCACGUCAUUUACGUUCCAGAUCUCCACCACCGGAGCCGACGACGACUGGAUCGACGUCUCCACAUUCGACGUCGAGGGCGGCACGGACGAGCCGCAGACGUUUGGCGACUUCGUGACGUCCGCACGGUUUUACCGAAUCCUGAUCACGCAGACCGCCGAGGGGUCUGAACCUCACCUGGUGGCCGUCGACUUCAAUGGGGUGAAAGGAGAGGCUCCCGAAGAUCUGUCCACGCUGGAAGAGGAAAUCGGCGUGGGGGUCGAUGAGUUUGUGGAAGCUGUUGAGGCCGUUGCUGAGCUGGAAUGGCUGCCUGGUGAUCCGGACACGGUGGUCGACCCAUCCGGAAAACCCACGGAUAAAGAAGGCCCAGGGAAAGCCCUGGAUGGAGAUCCGGAGACGUUCUGGAGCCCAGAAGGAACUGAGAACUGGAUCAUCACUUUUGACAUGGGCACUGAGUACACCAUGGACAAGGUCAAAAUCGUCAACAUCGGGGACACAGAUCACGACAUCAAGGAGUUCACUCUCCUCUCGUCACCCACCGGGAAAAAGGACAGCUUCGUCACCGUGAAGGAGUUCACAGAUGUGCAGCCAGGCACCAAGGAGCCGCAGGUGUUCGGGGGGUUCGUGGUGACCGCCCAGUUCUUCCAGAUCCUCAUCACGCAAACCCACGAGGGGCACCAACCGCAGGUCGUUGAGAUUCAGUUUGAAGGAAAAGAAGUACAAGACACCGACUGGAUUCCUAACGAUGAGGGCUGGGUCGUCUUCUCCUCGGACAACCCGGAGGAAGGACACGAACCCGAGAAAGCUUUCGACAACGACCCGACAACGUAUUGGACCACUGAGGAGGACGACGUCGAAUAUUGGUUCAUUGACGUCGACCUAGGAACACCCUACACGGUAGACAAGGUGCGCAUCACCAACACUGGUGACGAGGACCAUGACGUGGAGUCAUUUAUCCUGUACAGGUCCCCCUCUGGUGCUCCCGAGACCUGGACACAGGCAGUAGUAGUCCAGGGAGUGCCAGUUGGGGAGGAGGAACCUCAGGAGUUUGGAGACUUUGUGGUGUCCUCCCGAUUCUUUAGCGUUGUCGUCACGAAGACAAGUGGAGGCCAGGCACCACGGUUGGCGGAGUUCGAGUUUCAUGGCAUAGAAGGUAUAUAUUAUAACAAUAACAAUACAUACCAGAAGAAAUGGCACCAGCACCGGGUCCUGGACCAGGGCCAGGACCAGAGGAAGGAGCACCCGGUCCAGAAGGAGCACCCGGUCCAGAAGGAGCACCUGGUCCAGAAGGACCAGAAGGUCCCGAAGGAGAAGAACCAGAAGAACCCGGAGAAGAAGAGCCAGGAGAAGAAGGGCCAGGGGAAGAAGGACCAGGAGAAGAAGGACCAGGAGAAGAAGGACCAGAAAGAAGAGAACCAGAAGAAGGAGAACCAGGAGAAGAAGGGCCAGGAGAAGAAGGGCCAGAAGAAGGAGAACCCGGAGAAGAAGGGCCUGAAGAAGAAGAACCAGAGGGAAACCGCCCCGACCUUGUACUUCAAUAAUUGGUAUAUAAUUUUCGACUUGGAAACAACGCACACAAUCGACAAGAUCAGUGUCACCCAUCUCGGUGACACGGUACAUGACGUGAAGACCUUCACCCUGUCGUACGCGACAGAAGACGAUCCUGAUACCUUCCUUCCCGUCAAGUCAUUUGAGGGGGUCCAACCGGCUGUCAACGAUCCUCAAGAGUUCGCAGGAUUCCUCACUCCGGCACGUUACUUCAGGAUCACCAUCACUGCUACGUACCAAGGGUACGAGCCAUACCUUGCUGGACUUGACUUCCACGGUGUUGAAGUGGAGGCUUCUGAUUGGCUGCCCGAACCGAAAGCUCCUGUCGAACCCGUGGAGGAAGAUGGCGUGACUUAUGUAGAGUUUGACUACGAGGUCACGUACACCAUGGACAAGAUUGAGAUCACCGACACCACAGUGCAAUCCUUCACCCUGGAGACCUCAACCACAGGAGAACCCGACACUUGGGAAGUCGUGAAAACGGUCGACGACCUGCCAGAGGAACCUGACCAACCAAGACAGGUCACUGGCUUCCUGGUUUCGUCGCGCUUCUACCGCAUCACCGUCACGUCUACGUAUGAAGAAAAGAAACCGGAAUCCAUAGCGGUCACCACUUUCCAUGGUGUUGAAGGGAAGAUACCUAAAGGGGUUAACACGGAAGGCAUCGAAGACCUUCUGGCCGACAAGAUAGACAUGGAGACUAUUGAAGAGGUGGUUGACAAAGUCGUCGAGGCCAAGUGGUUGCCCGGCAAGCCAAGUGAACCAGAAGAGGAUGAGGACGGAAGUACCAGCGUGGUUUUUGACUUCGAAACAGAACAUACUUUCCACGAAGUGAACAUAGUGGACGAGUCCGUGAAGUCAUUUACAUUAGAGGUUUCUACUGAGGAAAAACCUGACACGUGGACUGUGGUGACAACAUUUGACGAUGUUAAACCUCAAGAUUACUCUGGCUUCGUAGUGACGGCAAGGUUCAUGCGCAUUGUUGUUACCGAAACGUAUCCAGGCAAGACGACCACCCUAGUGAGCACAACGUUCAACGGAUCGCCAGGUGGGUUACCUGUAACUCCGAAACUUGAAGAAAUAGAGGAAGAAGAAGGGCCAGAGGAAGAAGGACCAGAAGAAGGACCCGAGGGUGAAGAAGGACCAGAGGGUGAAGAAGGACCAGAGGGUGAAGAAGGGCCAGAGGGUGAAGAAGGACCAGAGAGUGAAGAAGGACCCGAGGGUGAAGAAGGACCCGAGGGUGAAGAAGGACCCGAGGGUGAAGAAGGACCCGAGGGUGAAGAAGGGCCAGAGGGUGAAGAAGGGCCAGAGGGUGAAGAAGGACCAGAGGGUGAAGAAGGACCCGAGGGAGAAGAAGGACCCGAAGGUGAAGAAGGACCAGAGGGUGAAGAAGGACCCGAGGGAGAAGAAGGACCCGAAGGAGAAGAAGGACCUGAGGGUGAAGAAGGACCCGAAGGACCUGAGGGAGAAAAAGGACCCGAAGGACCUGAGGGUGAAGAAGGGCCAGAAGGGCCUGGGGGUGAAGAAGGGCCAGAAGGACCUGAGGGUGAAGAAGGGCCUGAAGGACCUGAGGGUGAAGAAGGGCCAGAAGGACCCGAGGGACCUGAGGGUGAAGAAGGACCCGAAGGACCUGAGGGUGAAGAAGGACCCGAAGGACCUGGGGGUGAAGAAGGACCAGAAGGACCCGAAGGACCUGAGGGUGAAGAAGGACCCAAAGGACCUGGGGGUGAAGAAGGACCAGAAGGACCCGAAGGACCUGAGGGUGAAGAAGGACCUGAGGGUGAAGAAGGACCCGAGGAACCUGAGGGUGAAGAAGGACCCGAGGGUGAAGAAGGACCCAAAGGACCUGGGGGUGAAGAAGGACCCAAAGGACCUGAGGGUGAAGAAGGACCAGAAGAACCUGAGGGUGAAGAAGGACCUGAGGAAGAACCAGAACAACAGAAGAAAAUGAACCGGAGGGACCUAGACCAGAUCUUGUUAGUGUUGUGGAGCUUGUCCAUUUUGACAUUCAGUAAGCUGCCUGUUAAGCCCAGUAUGGUCGCAGAGGCAGCUGGAAUUCCCCUGGAGAAGGACGGAGUUGUGUUUGACCCUACUAAGGUCUUCGAUGGAAACCCGGACACAUAUUGGGCUCCUACAGGUCUACCCAGCAACUUCAAUAAAUGGUGGUUUAUUGUGGACCUCGAGAAGACUUUCACAAUCGAUAAGGUGACCAUCACCAACACCGGGGACACGACACACGACACAACGUCUUUUACCAUAUCAACAUCCGACACGAGUGACCUGGAAAGUUUCACGGUGGUGAAGAAAUUUGACGUUGAUCCUGGGACCGAUGAGCCUCAGGACUUCGGUGGAUUCCUCGUCACCACCCGUUACAUCCUCAUCACCGUCACAUCCACGACGGGUGGGGAGGAGCCACACGUGGCCGAAGUCACUAUCCACGGCGUGGAAGGCGAUGUGCCAGAAGACGUUGAACCAGACACCAUUGAGGAAGACACGAAUACAGACAUCGGAACGUUAGUGCAACUGCUCCAUGUCUUUGAAAAGACGGAUUGGUUGGUGAAACCAUCUACUCCAGCCGAACCAGUCGAAAAGGACGGUACAACAACCAUUACCUUUCAAUUUGACACUGACCGCACACUGGACACAAUCAAGGUUCCAGACCCUACCGUCAAGUCAUUCCGGUUGGAAAGUUCACCAACUGGAGAAGACGGUACGUGGACUGAGGUUACUACUGUGAGCGAGGUACCCAGGGAGCCAGACGAGCCGAGGGAGUUCGGUGGAUUCCUCGUGACUGCUCGAGUGUUCCGUAUUGUCGUGACGUCGACGUAUGAGGACAAGAAGCCCACUCAACUGACAACGAUCGAAUUCCACGGAACAGAAGAGAGCAUCCCGAAGGGAGUAGACCUACCAAAAGCCAUAGAAGGGCUGACUGGCAAGAUAGAUCUACCCACGCUAGAAGACGUUGACGAUACAGUGGCUAAAGCAACGUGGAUCCCUGGAAGCCCAAGUGAGCCUGUUGAAGAGGACGGGGUCACCUAUGUUGCAUUCACCUUCGACACGGAUACAACCGUAGAACAAGUCCGAAUUUCCGACGACUCCGUCAAAUCCUUCACAAUACAAAUGUCCCCGACGGGAGAAGAGGGAUCGCCGUUACGCAAACAUAUGAAGGGAAAAAGACAACGCUGGUGAAAACGGAAUUCCACGGUGCACCAGGCGGUCUGCCCGAAACACCCGACUUUGAAGAAAUAACCCCUGAGUCAGCGUCACCACUCCAGGGGCCUGCCGCAGCAAGCCCAGAGGGAGCACCUGGCCCAGAAGGUCCAGAAGAAGGAGGUCCAGAAGGUCCUGAAGGGGCUGGCCCAGAAGGUCCGGAAGGUCCAGAAGAAACUGGCCCAGAAGGUCCGGAAGGUCCAGAAGGAGCUGGUCCAGAGGGUCCAGAAGGUCCGGAGGGGGCUGGCCCAGAAGGUCCAGAAGGAGCUGGUCCGGAAGGUCCGGAAGGUCCUGAAGGAGCUGGUCCAGAAGGAAGGUCCAGAAGGAGCUGGUCCAGAGGGUCCGGAAGGUCCAGAAGGAGCUGGUCCGGAAGGUCCAGAAGGAGCUGGUCCGGAAGGUCCAGAAGGAGCUGGUCCGGAAGGUCCGGAAGGUCCAGAAGGAGCUGGUCCGGAAGGUCCAGAAGGUCCAGAAGGAGCUGGUCCAGAAGGUCCAGAAGGCCCAGAAGGAACUGGCCCAGAGGGUCCGGAAGGUCCAGAAGGAGCCGGUCCAGAAGGUCCAGAAGGAGCCGCUGGCCCAGAGGGUCCGGAAGGUCCAGAAGGAGCUGGUCCGGAAGGUCCAGAAGGUCCAGAAGGAGCUGGUCCAGAAGGUCCGGAAGGUCCAGAAGGAGCUGGUCCGGAAGGUCCAGAAGGUGCUGGCCCAGAAGGUCCGGAAGGUCCAGAAGGAGCUGGACCAGAAGGUCCAGAAGGAGCUGGUCCAGAGGGUCCAGAAGGUCCGGAGGGGGCUGGCCCAGAAGGUCCAGAAGGAGCUGGUCCGGAAGGUCCAGAAGGAGCUGCUGGUCCGGAAGAAGGUCCGGAGGAACCUAGUAAGCCAGAGGAACCUACUUUGCCAGAGGGCCCUGAUGUCACCAUUCUGGCACGUCUUGUUACGAUAGUGAAAACCUUCACCUGGAUCCAAGAGAAGCCAACGGUUUCCGAGGCAUCCGGUACCCCAGAAGUCAUAGAUGGUGUGACGAUGGGUCCAGAACAAGCCUUCGAUGGGGCCUUCGAUACCUUCUGGAGUCCGUCCGGCUUAGCGAUUAAUUUUAACCAAUGGACAAUAGUGAUAGACCAGGGUCAGCCAACUACAGUAGACAAGAUAAGCAUCACUACCACUGGCGAUACAGAACACGACGUGACGUCCUUCACUCUGCAAAUCCCCGGGGCAGAUCCCACGACUUGGGAGAACGUUGCAACCUUUACGACAGUCAGAGCGGGCACAAGGGAGCCACAGGCAUUUGAAGGCUUCUUGGUGACGUCUCAGGUUUUCCGUAUAGUCAUCACAGGAACCACGUCAGGGAUGGCUCCCAGAGUGGCGGGAAUCAGUUUCCACGGACAGCCAGGAAAUCCACUUGCCGAACUGGACCUGAGCAGCAUAGAUACGACACUCGGAAUCCCGUAUGCCCAAGUAGUUGGACUAGUGACAGAACUGUCAUCCGCCCAAUUCCACCGGCUGGCAGGGAAACCGGAAUGGAUACAAGAGGCCACAGCAGACGCAGCUUCUGUUUUUGAUGGCACCGAUGACACAUUCUGGAACCCUGAGGGCUUCGGCAGAUUCUACAACGAGUGGUACCUGAGUUUCGACUUUGGUGAGCCUUACACUAUCGACGCGGUCAGCAUCCAGAACCAGGGAGACACGGACCACGACGUGAAGACGGCCGUCCUGCAGCUGUCCCAGACCGGCGCGCCCGGCAGCUGGACCGGCAUGAUCCUGAUAGAGUGCGUGGCGGGCAGCUCGGUUCCGCAGACCUUCCGCGGCUUCCUGGGGACGGCACAGUACUGGCGACUCCUGAUCACCAGCACGUUCUCCGGGUAUCAACCUCAGAUCAGGGAGAUAGGCUUCACCGGAAUGGUCGGUUCGCCUCCAGGAGGAAUUGAGGUGAACACUGCGAAGCUCGAAUCAACCUCAGGAUUCUCUAUCGGCGAAUGGGUGGAGUCAGUCCAACAAGGUGACGACAAGAUACCUGCGGGGAUCUGGAGGAACAGUCUGAAGGCCAUCCAGGAAGACAAACUUCGGCGCAAAACAGCCGAGUCAGCCGUCGACAACAAGGUCAUGAGUGACCUGAACACAAUCGACGACAUCAAGAAGUCCAAGACGGCAGAAAAGAAGCACGAAACGCAUGAAAAUAAGCAUGAGUCGCAUGAAAAGAAGCAUGAGGCGCACGAAAAGAAGUCAUCAGAAAAGGAACAUCAUCAUCAUCAUCAUCACUAAAUGAAAUUG